AUGAACCCCCAUGAGCAUUCUGCUACAUCUACUCGACAUGGAUCCAUGAUGGGAGAUGAAGAUCCAUAUGACGCUUUCUUCAUGCCACAGCCCGUCCAGCCUACUGUUGGAGGUCUCCCAGACCCAACUGUUGAUAGACUCCAUGCUUUGGAGGAAAAGUUUAAGUCCUUGGAGGUUCACACUACUCCCGGUUUGGACGCCGUUGAUAUGUGCUUGGUGCCGGGAUUGGUGAUUCCACAGAAGUUCAAAGUCCCGGACUUUGACAAUUUGUUGAAUUCUGAGAAUGAGACUUUUUACGGAAUCGAAAUCGGAGGUCCGGAAGUAUCUCACCCUUUUGUUGUUGGCCGUUACCUUUAUAUUGGUAACGUGCAGGUGCUCCGCGUUGAGAGGAGGAUAGUGAAGUGUAAGAUGGCCGGAAGAAAUGCUGGGAAGAAUGAUGAGGCUCUUGCUACAGCUAUGCAGGCAAUGGCUCAGGCGUUCCAGAACCCACCCAAUGCUGACGAGAACGUGGGGUCUCGUAGUCUGGCGACGUUUCAGAGGGAGAACCCGCCUACUUUUCUGGGUAGGUAUGAUCCUGAAGGAGCCUUGGCUUGGUUGAAGGAGAUUGAAAGAAUCUUCAGAGUGAUGGAUUGCACUCUUGUGCAAAAGAUCCGUUAUGGAACUCAUAAGCUGUCAGGUGAAGCCGAUGAUUGGUGGGUGGACACUCGUCUAAGGUUGGAAACUGCGGGCGAGGAGAUUACUUGGGAAGUGUUUCGUAGAGAAUUUCUAAGGAAGUAUUAUCCAGAAGAUGUGCGAGGAAAGAAAGAGAUUGAAUUCCUCGAGUUGAAGCAAGGGAACUUGUCUGUCACGGAGUAUGCAGCUAAGUUCACUGAAUUGGCUAAUUUCUAUCCUCACUAUGAUGGAGCCAAUGCCGAAUUCUCUAAGUGCAUCAAUUUUGAAAAUGGAUUGCGUCCUUGUAGAAUCUUUGAAGAGGACAACAAUGCACACUAUAAGAUCUUGUCUGAGAAGAGAGGAAGGGGCCAACACAGUCGUGGUAAGCCAUAUGAAACUCCGGUUGGAAAAGGGAAACAGAAAGAGAUUUCGGCUCGAAGAACAAGUGGGGGAGAUGUUCCUGCUAAUGUUAUCUGUUUCAAGUGUGGAAAGCCGGGUCACAAGAGUAAUGUGUGUAGGCUUGGUGAAACGAGAUGUUUCCGUUGUGGUAUGCCGGGACAUGCGGCUCGUGAUUGUAAGCAGAAGGAUGUUGUUUGCUUUAACUGUGGAGAAGGAGGACAUAUCAGUGCUAAAUGUCAGAAGCCAAAGACGGGACCAGAGAGUGGUAAAGUGUUUUCUUUGUCGGGAACUCAGACUACAAAUGAAGAUGGACUUGUUCGAGGUACUUGUUUCAUUAAUAGCAUUCCUUUAAUUACUAUUAUUGAUACCUGUGCCACACACUGUUUUGUUGCUGCGGAUUGUGUUGAAAGAUUGGGUCUUUCUUUGUCUUCCUUGGGUAGAGAUAUGAUUGUUGAGGUUCCCGCUAAGGGAACGGUAUCUAUGUCUCUUGUGUGUAAGAGUUGCCCUUUGUCAAUAUUUGGUAAAGAUUUUGUAGUUGAUCUUGUUUGUUUGCCGCUUGUCGGGUUGGAUGUAGUAUUGGGUAUGGACUGGUUGAAACCUACCUAUGUUCAUAUUAAUUGCUACAACAACACUGUGAGGUUUUCUUCUGCCGAAGAAGAGGGAAGAACAAAAUUGUUAUCCAAGAAACAAUUGAAGGAGUUCAUAGAAGAAGACGCGUUGGUGUUCUUGUUGAUGGCAUGCUUGUCUGUGGAGAUUUUUCCCGAUGAGAUUCCUAGUGCACCGCCAGAAAGAGAAGUUGAGUUCACUAUUGACCUUGUACCUGGUACUAGACCCAUCUCUAUGGCGCCAUAUAGGAUGUCAGCAUCAGAGUUGGCUGAACUGAAGAGUCAGCUAGAGAAUUUGCUUGAAAGGAAGUUUGUGAGACCUAGUGUAUCACCUUGGGGAGCUCCAGUUUUGCUGGUGAAAAAAAAAAGACAGAAGCAUGCGACUUUUAACAUUGAUCUAAGGUCGGGCUACCAUCAAAUUAAGGUGAAAGAUGAGGACAUUCAGAAAACUGCUUUCAGGACUCGUUAUGGACACUACGAGUACACGGUGAUGCCUUUCGGCGUUACUAAUGCGCCGAGAGUAUUCAUGGAGUACAUGAAUCGCAUUUUCCAUCCUUAUUUGGAUCAAUUUGUGGUGGUGUUCAUAGACGACAUUUUGGUUUAUUCUAAGUCGGAGGAAGAGCAUGUGGAACAUUUGCGUAUUGUUUUGCAAGUGUUGAAAGAGAAGAGAUUGUAUGCUAAGUUGUCUAAGUGUGAGUUUUGGUUGAGAGAAGUUAGCUUUCUUGGUCAUGUUGUUUCCGGUGACGGAAUUGCGGUUGAUCCAUCGAAGAUUGAUGCGGUGUUGCAAUGGGAAGCUCCUACGUCAGUUACCAAGAUAAGAAGUUUCCUAGGCUUGGCAGGUUACUAUAGGAGGUUUAUAGAAGGAUUUUCUAAGUUGGCACUUCCUUUGACUAAGUUAACUUGUAAGGGUGCUGCUUUUGUGUGGGAUGUCCGAUGUGAAGAAAGUUUCCUUGAGUUGAAGAAAAGGUUGACAACGGCUCCGAUUUUGAUUUUGCCAAAUCCCGAGGAACCGUUUGUGGUUUAUUGCGAUGCUUCGAAAAUGGGAUUAAGAGGUGUGCUUAUGCAGAAUGGUAAGGUGGUCGCUUAUGCUUCUAGACAAUUGAGGAUUCAUGAGAAAAACUACCCUACGCAUGAUUUGGAGCUUGUGGCGGUUGUGUUUGUUUUGAAAAUUUGGAGACAUUACCUUUACGGAUCUAGAUUUGAAGUCUUUAGUGACCAUAAAAGCUUGAAGUAUUUGUUUGAUCAAAGAGAGCUGAACAUGAGACAAAGGAGACGGCUGGAAUUGCUAAAGGAUUAUGACUUUGGGUUGAACUACCAUCCGGGAAAAGCGAAUGUGGUGGCCGAUGCUCUGAGUAGGAAGACUUUGCAUAUGUCGACCUUGAUGAUCAUUAGGGAGGCUCAGAAGUUGGAUAUGAAACUUGUUGAUGUGCUCAUUGGACUCGGACAAUCUGAGAAUGAGGAUUUCAAAUUGGAUGCACAAUGGGUGUUGAGGUUUCGUGAUAGGAUUUGUGUUCCCGAUGAUGUGGAUUUAAAAAGGAUGAUCUUGGAAGAAAGCCAUAGGAGUUAUUUGAGUAUUCAUCCCGGAGCGACUAAGAUGUACCAAGAUUUGAAAAGAUUAUUUUGGUGGUCGGGAAUGAAGCGUGAAGUAGCUCGGUUUGUGUAUGCGUGCUUGACUUGA